CUGAAAGGCUUAUGAUUUUCAUUAUUUCAGAUGGCCUCUUUGGACCAUGUGAAUAGGUCAUUAAAGCAAGUGUCAAGAUUUCUGGCUCCAUGGCUUCCUCUGGCUGGAUGCCAUAUGGUGGAUUAUCUGACAUCCAAUCACUGGGAAACCCUACUGUCACCUCAACUCCAACAUGAUCUUCUACAGUUACCUAAAGAUAAACUACAGUGUUUACCUUCUGCAUCAUUCACUUUCGACGACAUGGACUACACCUACUCGUCUGAAGAAUGGGAAGCAUCUUCCUCUGACCUGUUGUCCUUCAUGGCAGCUGUACAGGACCACAGUCUACCAUCAUUGGGCAUAACUACAUCUCUUGAGGAGGUUUUGAAGAUCCAUGGUUCUGACAAAAUCCGAACACUGAAAAUGAAAGGAAUAAUGUCAGACAAGAAAGCCCAUGAGGUGGAGGUCAUGAGUCAAGUCAUUGCACGUCUGGCUAAAGGAUGUGAAGUGGAUUCGAUAGUGGACCUUGGUAGUGGACGGGGUUAUUUGAGUUCAUCAUUAGUACUUCAGUAUGGCUUAAAUGUUGUUGGUAUUGACUCUAGUAAAUCUAACACUUCAUCUGCUGUGAUUCGGAAUGACAAACUUCAGAGGCACUGGGAAAAACUAAAACAGUCAGAAUGGAACAAAAUGGAGGGAAAAGCUACAAAGAAAGGAAAGAUGCGAAGGAAGAGUGGUAAUUCAGUGCACAGUAGUAGUAGUAGUAGUGAUCUUGUAACACUAAAGUCUGCAGAAACUUCAGCAAAUUGCCCAUAUUCAGACUCUGGAUCUUGUGGGAAAUACAUUGCCAUCACAAGAUUCAUAACUGAUGAUGCUAAUCUAGUACAGAUUGUCCAAGCUGUUGAUGAUGAAGUUCAUGCAGAAAAAGUGUCAACACAGAGUGCCAUGUUAGAUGUUAAUAAGGAUGGUGAUGGUCAAUUUAUGCAAAUAAUUCAAGAUUCAACUGUUCAAGAGCAUAUACAAACUGAUCUUGAACUGGGUGAAAACUUAGAAAAGAUGAACCUCUUUACAAAUUCUCCAAAUCAAGAUGACUCUGCAUGUGGUAAUACUUUUAUUCCUGAUGUAAAAGUGCCUCAUCUAGGGCUUGUUGGGCUACACACUUGUGGCAACUUGGCGUCAAGCAGCCUACGAUUAUUUGUGUCAAAUUCUGAGGUUCAUUUUCUCUGUAAUGUUGGUUGCUGUUACCAUCUAAUUGAAGAAGAAUUUUCUAAAAAUGUUUUUAACCACAAAAAAAUAGAGAGUGUGGACUCGACUUUCAAAACAUUAAUUGAAAAAGAUUCUGAAGAUCUUCCUAAUGAUAUAGAAUCUAGUUUGUUAAAUGGACAGUGUGAAUAUGAUUGCAAAUUAUUAAGAGAGCCAUAUUUUAAGGUCUUCAAACCUCUGAACCACAUCCAAGAUAACACUUUUGGAUCUACAAGUCUAAAUGAAGAAACUGUUUCUUGUGAUCCACUUCAUCCUUCAGAGAUUCCAAACUUGAGCAAUGGAUUCCCACUUAGUUCCACUCUCAAAAAUGUUAGAUUUGCUAUUGGAAGAAACAGCAGAAUGUUGUCCUGCCAGCCAGCAGACCGCUUGACUCAAGGAAACUUUAGCGGCACAGAAACAUUAUUCUGGCGUGCUCUGCUGCAGCUGCUGUUGAGGGAUAAACUUGGUGAUGUCUCAGAUGUGGCACAUGUUGGGCGUCUUGCAUCAAAAUGCCACAAUUUUUCAGAAUAUGCAAGACUAGCAAUUUCCAAGCUGGGAGUUUCCUUAGAGGUGACACAGGAAGACUUGGAACAGUACUACCGUGAGAAUGAACACAAUAUACCGAAGCUAGAAAGAUUUUUUCUCCUUCGUGCAUCUCUGGCUCCUGUGGUAGAAGGACUGAUUCUUCUCGACAGACUGGCUUACCUCAGAGAGCAGGAGAAUAUUUGUGCUUAUCUGGUUCAACUGUUUGAUCCUGUUACCUCACCACGAUGUUAUGGUAUAAUUGCGCUUAGGAAUCUUCAGUACAGUAUUCAAGUCACUUAAACACAUAAGAAUGAUGUAAUUUCUUUUAUGAAUUGUCAUUAUUAAUUAGACAAGUUAUCACACAGUUGUGCUCUAAUUGUACUUAGGAAUCACUUGACCUGUAGCUAAUACAUCUUCUUGUUAAGCAGAGAAUAUAUUUUGUUAUAUCUAUA